AAAUUCUGAUGAGCGCUCCAACUAAGAUAGUCAUGUUAGGGGAAGGUUAGAUUAGAUGAAUUAAUGAUUAGGCAGAGUAGGGAAGACAUGUCUGACUUUAAAAUAUUGUAAAGAUUAAUUCGAUGAGAAUCAGUAAUCCUCCAUAGAUGCUACAUUUUUUGAGAAGAGUGUAGACUUAGGCGGGGGCAAGAAUAUAAACUUGGCCAUUUGGGUAUCUAUAGCAUUAAUAAUAGGAUACCGCAGGACAAGAGAUAUUUCAUGCUUUGACUACCGUCUAUUAUAGAGAUGCGUAUGGGGCAGUGCUGGUUUACGAUGUAACUUAUAAGGAAUCAUUUCUGAAAGUAAAGGGGGGUUGUCUAUGUAAAUCUAGGUCGAGAAAUGGGUAGAGGAAUUAAGAUCAUUUGGAACUAAGGAUAUUUCCAUAGUUGUUGCAGGCAACAAAAGUGACAUGAAAAAUCAGAUGUAGAUCGAUAAAAAUGAAGUUGAAGAAUACUGCAAGAAGAUUGGAGCUAAACAUUUCUUUACUUCAGCUAAGUCAGGUGUUGGCAUUAAUGAAAUGUUCAAAGCUUUGGGAGAGAGUAAGACUUACAUUCAUUCAUAGGUAUCUCAAUCAAAGUCCAGGCAUAAGAAAGCAAAGGUAAGAAAAAGAAAGGAUUAUAAAUUAAAGAUGUAAAAGAAACUAAGAAAAAAGACUAAAAAAAUGAAAUUUGUUGUUGAAAUAAAAAAUGAAAAAUUU